AUGUCUCGGGCCACCUUCUUACGUGAAUACAAAUUGGUCGUCGUCGGUGGUGGUGGUGUCGGAAAAUCAGCCUUGACCAUCCAGUUCAUCCAAAGCCAUUUCGUGGACGAGUAUGAUCCUACUAUCGAGGAUUCGUACCGCAAACAAUGCGUGAUCGACGACGAGGUCGCAUUGCUGGACGUCCUCGAUACUGCCGGGCAGGAGGAAUACGGGCAUGUCGCCAUGCGGGAACAAUACAUGCGAACAGGCGAGGGAUUCCUACUCGUCUACUCGAUCACAUCGCGCAACUCGUUUGAGGAAAUCUCGACGUUCCACCAGCAGAUCCUGCGCGUCAAGGACCAGGACAGCUUCCCGGUGAUUGUAGUCGCGAAUAAGUGCGAUUUGGAGUACGAGAGGCAGGUUGGGAUGAACGAGGGCCGCGACCUCGCCAAACACUUUGGGUGCAAAUUCAUCGAGACGUCCGCGAAGCAGCGCAUCAACGUCGACGAGGCGUUCUGCAACCUCGUGCGCGAGAUCCGAAAAUACAACAAGGAGCAGCAGACGGGGCGGCCGGUGCUGCCUGGCGGCGGGAGCAUGGGCGGUUCGGGAAUGGGGAUGGGAGGGGGCGGCGGUAUGGGCGGCGCGGGCGGAAGGGGGUACGGGAAUGAGGGGGGCAGCGGGUGCUGUGGGUGUGUUGUGUUGUAG